CUGCAACCACCGCCUGAGGUGACGCACACAAACAGACGCUCCUAUUCUGCGAACCCAAACAGACGCUCCAAGUCCAUUCGGCUCAACGGACUUUUUCCAAAUGUAUUGACAUUUUAUUUAGUUUUUACCAUUCAUCAAAAACUAAAAUUUUUUCUGAACUUCUGAAUCUCAAUUCAACAAGCAGAAGAAAAUGGAUAACUCCGCCGACGACUACUAUCAAGAUGAUUACUAUGAGAAUGGCUCCAUGUGUGACUACAACGAGUGGGAACCGUCCUAUUCUCUCAUUCCCAUGCUGUACAUGAUCAUCUUCAUGCUGGGCCUCUCUGGGAACGGCGUGGUCAUCUUCACCGUGUGGCGGGCCCAAGGCAAGCGGCGCGCUGCGGACAUCUACAUCGGCAACCUGGCUCUCGCCGACCUCACCUUCGUGGUGACCCUUCCCCUGUGGGCCGUGUACACGGCGCUGGGCUACCACUGGCCGUUUGGCGAGGCGCUGUGCAAGCUCAGCAGCUACGUGGUGCUGCUCAACAUGUACGCCAGCGUCUUCUGCCUCACCUGCCUCAGCUUCGACCGCUACCUGGCCAUCGUGCACUCGCUGACCAGCUCGCAGCUGCGCACCCGCGGCCACAUGCACGCCUCGCUGGCCAUCAUCUGGCUGCUGUCGGGCCUGCUGGCGGCGCCCACGCUGGUGUUCCGCACCACGCGCCAGGAGCAGAACACCACCACCUGCAUCAUGGACUUCAGCCUGGUGGCCGGGGGGAACGAGAGCACGCAGGCGCUGUGGAUCGCCGGCCUGGGCAUCUCGUCGUCGGUGCUGGGCUUCCUGCUGCCGCUGCUGGCCAUGAUGGUGUGCUACGGCUUCAUCGGCUGCACGGUGACGCGCCACUUCAACAGCCUGCGCAAGGAGGACAAGCGUAAGCGGCGCCUGCUCAAGAUCAUCACCAUCCUGGUGGUGGUCUUCGGCGCCUGCUGGACCCCCUUCCACGUGGUCAAGAGCAUGGACUCGCUCUCCUACCUGGGCCUGGCGCCGUCCUCCUGCACCUUCCUCAGCUUCCUGCUGCUGGCCCACCCGUACUCCACCUGCCUGGCCUACGUCAACAGCUGCCUCAACCCUUUCCUCUACGCCUUCUUCGACCAGCGCUUCCGCUCGCAGUGCUACUUCCUGCUCAACCUGAAGAAGGUCCUGCACUCCAGCCCCGCCAGCUCGCUCUCGUCGCACAAGACAGAGCAGCAGUCUCUAGCCACCAAGGUAUGAGAGACGACGUGGUGGAGGCAAACAACAGACCUCUCACAGGACUGGGAUGGAGGACUUGAGGGAGAACUUUUGAAGGGAGAGGUGAGCCAGAGCCAGAACACCAUGUUCCUUCGUCACUUUGUGUGAAGCUGCUGGAGAGCAUUAUAAGAAUGACUCUUUGUUCAUGGCUUCACUGGUGAGACUUGUGUGGGUGUUACUGGGAGCAAUGCUAUGGCGGAUUAGCGUGAUGCUGCUUGCAUCCGGGGAGGGGGGGGGACCAGGACCCAGCUCUCAGAGAUGCCACACAGACAUUUGUGACUGAGUGAAACUACCCCCCUGAUACCCCCCCCCCCCCCCCAACCCACCCCCUCUCACAUCCACCCCACCCCAACUUGACAGCUGCUUUCCAGACGUUUGAGGGCAGAGCUGAAUAUAUCUGAGGCUUCUCUGGGGGUGGGGGCCGAGGCUGGACUCCUGCAGUAUUGAUGUGUGUCUGGCAGAUGCCAGGAGGAUCCACUGUAGUUACUAAGAUGGAGUACCUGGAGCGACACAGGAGUUCGUUGGGUGGUCCAACACAGCAAGGGGGGGGGGGGGCUGCAGUUUUUUUUUUUGCUUCACCCACCAUGUGUUUUUGCUGUAACCUUUAAUUUGCCAUGCAUUUCAUUGGUUGUUGUUUUAUAUAUUUGGCAAGCACUUCUUCAUGCCGGGGCUGAUGAGAAAUGAGCAAGGACCAAGUGUCUUAGUACUGUGGGGCGAAGGCAGGAUGGAGGGUGUGGGGGGGUAAGAGGAGAGGAGGUGUUGCAGGCUGAUUAAAGUAUCUUUCAGGGGGGCAAGUGAGACAAGUACAAGGAGGGGGGCCUUCAGACAGACAGAUGGCAGCUGAUAAACGCUGAGAUGGGGUGGGGGGGUGGGGGGGCAAUUAGUUGGUGGAGAAGGUUUUGUGUGUGUUUGUGUGAGAGAGGCUAAGUGUGUGUGUGAGUGUGUAUGUCUCUGUGUUUGUGUUUCUCAAGAAUCUAGAUGAAUUAUGUGAAUGAUCAUGAAUUCAUGAAAGUCAUGAGUUUGUCUUGCCUAUAUUUUUUUUUAAAAAGCUGUGUAAAAUUCUCAUAUGCUUUCAUCUGUAAAUAAAACAUGUUUCAUUUGAAGAAAAACCA